CAAAAUAUUCUCUACUUGGUAGUUAUGGUUUUCUGAUAUGGAUGUGAUGAAGAUAUUCCUGUUGUUCUUCAUAUCGAUAGAAUACUCUAUAAGUCAAAAAAUAGAAGAAAACCAAGAUGUAGCAGAGCCUAGGAUAGAUUUGAACAUAAACUACCCUCCAAACAGCAAAGGCAACUGCUAUGGAAAGUUUUGUAAGCAGAUAAAAAGUAAAUAUGCUCACAACGAACGAUGCACUUGCUUCCCUUUGAACAACUACAACACACCAGUACUGGAGUAUUUAACAAAUGGUUUUGAAAAACCAAUAGAGAGGACGGUGGUGUACAUUUACACCGUUGGUAAAAAAAAUGCACUUUACGUGCCAAAUUUACAUAAACAGUCCCUUUUUACUGAUCUCACACUCGACGACGGUGAUGUUUUAAGGCCUCUCCCAUCACAUAAUGUAAAUGUACUGACGGCGCUAGAAGAGCUUCCCCAAGAGGAAAAUGAGGAUCAUAGUAGUCGAACUAAUGCUCAUAUUAUAACAAUCAAUGAAAAUCAACCCAUAAAUGAGCAAAAUCUACAAAAGUCUAUCUCACCAACUAGUAGUGAGAGGAUAAGCAAAGAAGCUCUGAAGCAUAUUUUCGAAGAUAAAUUACAUUUGUUAGCAUCGUAUGAGUAUCCUUCAUCACAAGAUUUUGACGGAAUAGGAGAAUCAAAUUUGUAUGACGAUGAUGAUAGUCAAUCAGUAUUUGGAAUAUAUCCUGACGAAGAUGAUGAGUACACUGAGAACGUUGAAGAACCAAAUCCAGUGUUAGUAUCCAAACCAGGUAGCAAAAAUGUACUUGUAGAUGAUACGGUUAGAUCUCAAGAAAAAUUAUAUCUCAAUACUGGUGCUGUUAAAGAACCGUCUGUUUUUGUAUCCGUUGAACAUGGCUUAGAUCCUAUUGUAAAUGAACUAUUUUCACAUGAAGUUAUUAAACCUAAAAAUAUUGUCGCACCUCUUAACAUUCCUAGGCCUAACUUUGGAAAUAUCGACCUGAAACCUAAUGCGCAACAGGUAAAAUUCCCGUAUAAAGGAUUUGGGUAUAAUGAAGAUGAGAAUCAAUCACAAAACGCUUUUAAACCAGAACCCCUUAACCAGGCAGAAGAGGUGUUAAAUAUUAAUGGUCCUUUAGCUAUUCCGAACUUACACAACGCUGAUCGACCAGUAAAAGUUUUCGAAUCAAAACCCAGCGAGGAAAUCAUAGAUGAACAUGGCAAAGCUCCUAAAAUAGAUUAUGGACUAAAUUUAAAUAAAGAUUAUUUUCCUUUAUACCAUAAUUCAAAACCACAGAAAAUUGUCGGGUUAAACUCAAAUAAAAAUAAGAAACUUGUAGAAAACAUUGCGAAACCUCAAAAUUUGUACGGAGUUGAUAAUUUACAACCACAGAAUGGUUUUGGAUUCGGUUCACCAUGGAAUACUUUGCCAGUAGACAUUUAUGAAUCAACGCAUAGUAAAGAGUUGAAUUUAAACAGUAUUUACGACCCUCGCAGAAAGGUUGAAAUAGAAAUCGAUGAGGAAAAUUUAGCUUCUGCGAGUCUCAUCAAGCACCGACCGGACAUUAGCUGCUCAUCUGGUAUUUGUAAGCUUCAUAUUUAUUGCUCAAGAUAUGAAUGUCCCAAAUAUUUGAAAUCAAUAUCCAAGCUACACACUAGUAUACACAAACACCCAUACUUGGAGAAUACUUUCGUCGCAAUAAAUAAUGUCGGGGGUAAUGAGAAUAGUACAGAUUCACAGCUGAAAUCUUUCUACAACUUGAUUGGGUUAGAAAACGCUGAGAAUAAGAUACAAAAUAUCCAUGGCGUCCAGUUAGAAGAAGAAAAUCCAAACAAUUACUUGAGCCAUGUCCAAAGAAAACAAGUACCAAGAUCAAUUCCGAUGAGUUUCGAUCCUUUAUUUAGUACGUUAAAGCAAGGAUCGGCCCUUCAAAGCCUUCCUUUCUCUAGCCCGAUUAAAGAUCAGCUAGUUAAAUUUUACCCAGAAAACAAACAAAUACUUUCAACACAAAUUCUGAAUCCACCUCAAUAUCGGGGUAUUUACUUUCCAAUGCCACAUCAUGAUCAACAUAACAAUAUAAAAAUCACACCAGUUACUCCAAACAAGAAAGAUCCAUCGCAAAAUUUGAAAAUUAUACCGGUAACUCCAGAAAAGAAAGACUCACCGAAAUAUCGGGAUAUUUACUUCCCGAUGCCACACCAUGAUCAAAAACCUAACAACAUAAAAAUUACUCCAGUAAUUCCAGCAACACCAGAAAAGAAAGACUCACCGAAAUAUCGAGGUAUUUACUUCCCUAUGCCACACAAUGAUCAACUAGUAACCCCAGAAAAGAAAGACCCUCUAAAGGAUCUACUACUUUUGCCGUCUAAAAUCCAUAACGAAGGAAUGAAAACGGUAGCUGAUCUGAUACCAGGUCUGAGCUUACGAAGACAUAAUGUGGUGGAGGAAGAUGUACCUGAUGAAAUCGAGGUUCCUGUUGAUGAAGAGGAUAUAAAAAUAAAAAUAAUCGGUGGACAGCCAGCUGUUAGCAGUGGAACGCCAAUGCAAAUCAAAGCGAGGUUAGGAGACAUUUAGGAGAUGAAGCAAACAAAGAAAUCUACAUGAUAACACAGCAUUCUAACGGACUAUGAUGAAUUAUUGAAUCAUUUUAUUAUAACACGAGCAUUACAAAAUCA